AUGCAAUUGCAGGACAGUUUAUUUUUUUAGAGUCAACUCUAUGUAGCAGAAUUGUGUGAACCUAUAAAUCUUAUAGAAUUUGUAAUAGAGGAUGUAUAAUAAAAUCAAGAAAAAGAACAAAAAAUAUCAUCAGGUCAUUAAGUUUCAGAUCGAAAAUAAAAAAUAAAAACUUCAAAUGAAAAGAGUAUAGAUUUGUUGAAAUAAUCUAGUUAGUUAAUCCAUCCAAAUCUAAUGUCACUCGCAAUGAAUAAAUUAAAAAUAAUAAAUAAGAUUCUUUAUCAAAAGGAAAAAAUUGGAUUAUCAAGAAAUUAAAUGAAGAAAAUUAACCUAAAUAGUAAGUAAAAUGUUUACCUAAUUUGCCUAAACCUAUUAAAAACUAAGUAAAGUUAUUUUCAAACACUGCUUCAAGAUAAAUUAAAUAAAGACUCAAUAAAUUUAUUGUUGAUUAGAAUAAGAAUUAAUUCAUCAUCCAAAAUGACAUUUUAUUAGGAUAAAAUUCACUACCUAAUUUAGGUAAUAAUGUUCUUGAAAUUAUAAAAGUUAGAUUAAAAUCAGAUUCUCCAAAAUAAAUGCCGAUUUAUGAUGUUAAUUUUUUUUAGAAUUUUUAAUAAUUUUUUUCUUGA